AGAAUAUAGCCGCCGACACUGCCGAGUUUGGAGAAUUUGCGCGCUAUCUGGUUCGGCCUCAUCCUACCCUAUCAAUAGCCGGGCGCCUGGCACAACAAAGCUUGACACCUUGCCCGCUACGCUUCGCUGGGCGUUCUAGAGCAUCGGAUAGACCGUGGGUGGCAUAGUCGUCCCAGCUAUAAGAGAGUUUGUGGUUUAUAUACGGUAUAAGGCGUGACUUGAAUGCAUCGUUAGAAGUGGAGAGUUGUGGAUUUUCAGCAUCGACGAAAUACUCUCGAAUCUUCCUUUCCAGUAUAUACCCUCGCAUUUAUCUUGCGAACAUGUCUACUGCAGUCGCUCCCGCCACAGCUGCCCCGUUGACAUCUUCGCACAUGAAUCGCGAUCCGAGCCCCAAAAAUUGCCCGACGUUGGCUCCCACAGCUGGUAGCCAGUCUACCUGCACUCCGCCUAGGCCUUCGGGGCCUUCUCGGGAUGGGUCAUCAUCAAAGAGUUCGCCCGCAGGAAGAAAACAAACAUCGCCUGCGUCGCAAAACGGAAGUACUGCCCCCAAGGUUAUCGUCAAGAAAGAACCCCCGUCCUCGCCUGCCAUGCAGUCCCACUCUCGGCCUCGACCGCGGAAACUAGAUUUAUCAACGAGUCUUCCGACCUCCGGUGGUUUAUCAGCCCGCGCUCCUGGUGGUCCUAUGACGGCCCGGGAGGGUGUCAAUAUGCACCAGGUUGGAAUCGCUUGCCUAUCGCCGGGUUUCCAGACACACGAUCCAAUUAUGAGAGAACAAUUACAGAGAAGCCUGUCAGUGAGAGACCAGCAGAGGUCGAUAAUUGAGUCACGGUUGCAAAGGUCCGCCAAGGAUGACGGCCCAGACGGAAUAAAGCCAUCCGAAUCCUCGUUCGGCCUCCCCAAGGCUAGUGCUUCGAAACGGAGGCCUCCCCCAGGCCUCUCCAUCGUUCCGCCCUCUGCAGCACAAUUUGCCCAUGAACGUGUCAUCCAAUCCGCGCCAUUGAACCAGACCUUUACCGGCAGACACCAACCGCAGCCGUUAACACGCCAAGUUGCCAAUCAGAGUCCUACAUUAGCAUCGACGUCUCAUCUUCACCAUAUCCCUGUUACCCAAACGAACAAUCGACUUCCUCCACUUUCCGAUGUUUUCGGCUCUGAUGCUUUGGGCUCCCGUGAGCGGGACGUAAACCGCGCGCCGUUUUACCAGAAUGCAUCCAACUCCAACUCUUCCCAGUCAAACAACCUACCGCCACUACCAUCUCCUAGAAUCCCGGGAACCGCCACCCAGGUUCCUAAGCGACCACGGGAAUACCGUUCGGCGGAGGAGGCUGUCCAAGAGCUGUCGGGUGGACGGGAGGACCUGCUGCCACGCAUCGUUCACUAUGGGGGCCACCAGCCCCCGACUCCACCAUCCCCACGUGCCGUCAACGGCCAACCGAAGUCCGCAGCAGUUCAUCCCGAAGCGGCACCGAUACACAAUGCACAAGUCCCCUCUUCCCAACCCAUGUAUCCCUCCGAGAGGACCGCUCGUCGCCGCACUAGAAGUGAGUACGAGCAGGACAACGGAAGCCCUCCCCUGGGCCACGGUCCUGAACCACAGUACCGGCCAAACCCAGCGGUAGCACCCUCCGCGGGGGCUACUUAUGGCCCAUUCGGAGCCGGCAGAGACUCUCCUGAGACCCAGCGCAGAAAGAAAGAAGAGUUCCUGGCACUAUGUGCAAGAGCAUGGGAUCUGUUUCAUUCAUAAGUUUCUUGUUUAUCACGGCCGGUCGUCUUCAGUACUCUUCGAAACGGUCCAACUAUGGUUCAUGUCCACUAAGACGGGAGACCAUUGCUCUGUGUGUUGUGUCCGCAGCAAUGUGAUACUCUAGUUUGACGACUGGGGACUAGUAGAUAUUACAACAACCGCUCCUCGGGUGUAUCUUUAUAAUGAGCGGUGUCAGCCACCUGGGCAUGAUGAAUAUACAUGACUAUCUAUACGAACAGCAUGAACAGGAUGUCAUC